GAGCGGACUCCCAGCGCCGGUGCGUUGCGGCCCCGGGCAGGGAGACGCGGUGGGGUGGCGACUGCGGGGCUUGCGGGGCUCCGGCGCCCGGGAUUGCGCCUCCUGCGGCUGCGGGAGCACCACUGCGCUGCAGCUCCGAGCAGGCGCGGCGGCGGCGGCACCGGCGGCGGCAGCAACGGCGGCGGCAGCGGCGCGGGGUCUCGCCGGGCGGCGCCUGGGUCCGAACGCGCAAGAAGCAGAAGGAGCUCCGACCAGCCGCGUGCAGAUGAUGCAACCGAGAGGCUUCCACCCAUCCAUGUAAUCAGAGAGGAAAUCAGAACAGUGCAGAGUCCAGAUAAAAUCUCCCAGGCCAACUGCUAACAGAAGGGUCAGAGGGAGGGCUUCUGGCAGCCAUGUUGAUAUCUCACGACCCUUGGCAAUAACUGAUUGGAUGACAGAUGGACAACUGCUCCAAGCUGUGCCAAUCAGCUUUGCUCACCUCCAGUGUAUCAUUUAACAACUUUUGAGUGGCAAAGUACAGAAAACAACUCAAGGUGCGAAUGAAUCCAGGGGACGUCACGCUGCUGCUGCUGGAGGAAUACCCCACUUCCCGGUCAUUUGCACGUGCCCUGCUAUGAUAUGAGCCAAGCAAAGACUUGCCAGAUACUUCCUUCCUCCUCUCAUUGAGCACGCCAGGUGCAAGGAUUGUCCCACUGUUCUACGUGUGUCCCGUCCCCCUCUUGCCAACGCAGACAGCCCGGUUUUGAGCAGGCAUCCUUCGUCUGCCAGCCUGAACAUGAACGCAGGCAAAGCCGAUGACAGCCAGGGUUCCCGAGGGACAUGGGACCCCGUGGGGUCCGGCCCCCAGGAGCAGGUCCUCUCAUGAUGUCGGUGUCUGGGAGUGAACACCAUGCCCAUCACCCAGGACAAUGCCGUGCUGCACCUGCCCCUCCUCUGCCAGUGGCUGGAGAACAGCCUACGGGAGGGCGGGGAGGGGCCGGAGCAGCGGCUCUGCCAGGCAGCCAUCCAGAAGCUGCAGGAGUACAUCCAGCUGAACUUUGCUGUGGAUGAGAGUGCGGUCCCACCUGACCACAGCCCCCCCGGGAUGGAGAUCUGUACUGUGUACCUCACCAAGGAGACGGGGGACACGGAGACCGUGGGCCUCAGCUUUGGGAACAUCCCUGUUUUCGGGGACUAUGGAGAAAAGCGCAGAGGGGGCAAGAAGAGGAAAACCCACCAGGGCCCCGUGCUGGAUGUGGGCUGCAUCUGGGUGACAGAGCUGAAGAAGAACAGCCCGGCAGGGAAGAGUGGGAAGGUCCGACUGCGCGACGAGAUCCUCUCCCUGAACGGGCAGCUGAUGGUCGGAGUGGAUGUCAGUGGGGCCAGUUACCUGGCUGAGCAGUGCUGGAAUGGCGGCUUUAUCUACCUGAUCAUGCUGCGUCGCUUCAAGCACAAAGUCCAUUCUCCUUAUAAUGGCAACAGUAGCAACAGCUCUGAACCAGGAGAAACACCGACCUUGGAGCUGGGUGACCGAACUAUAAAAAAGGGGAAAAGAACAAGAAAGUUUGGGGUUAUUUCCAGGCCUUCUACCCACAAGGCCACUGAAGAAUCCAAGAGCAGCACUGGCUAUGAGUUGGACAAUGACCCCAUCUCUGAGCUAGACAAUGGCCCAGACCCUGAACUUGGAAAUGGUCAUGCCUUUGAGCUAGAAAAUGGCUCAGAUUCUGUCAAGGAGGUGGCCGGAUCCCAUCUAGACAAGUCAGAACUGGACAGAGGGACAGAGCAUAGAGUUCCAAAGACAGAUGCUCCUCUGCCCACAAACAAUGAUAAGCGCCGCUUCUCAAAAUCUGGGAAGACGGACUUCCAAUCGAGUGACUGCCUAGCACGGGAGGAAGUUGGCCGUAUCUGGAAGAUGGAGCUGCUUAAAGAGUCCGAUGGGCUGGGAAUUCAGGUUAGUGGAGGCCGAGGAUCAAAGCGCUCACCUCACGCUAUCGUUGUCACUCAAGUGAAGGAAGGAGGUGCCGCUCACAGGGAUGGCAGACUGUCCUUAGGAGAUGAGCUGCUGGUAAUCAAUGGUCACUUAUUGGUCGGGCUCUCCCAUGAGGAAGCUGUGGCCAUUCUUCGCUCAGCCACUGGAAUCGUUCAGUUGGUCGUAGCCAGCAAGGAAAGCUCUGCAGAGGACCUCCUGAGGUUAACAUCUAAAAGUUUGCCUGACCUGACCAGCUCAGUGGAGGACGUGUCCUCUUGGACUGACAACGAAGAACAGGAACCAGAUGGGGACGAGGACGUAGGAACCGGCUCGUCUUCCGUCCACGGAGCAAUCCCUGGGACAGAUGAGCUCCAAGAUUCAUGUGGUUCUGAGGACUGCAGAGGGAACCUGGAAAGUCCCAAACAGGGCAGCAGUAAAAUGAAGCUCAAAAGUCGCCUCUCAGGGGGUGUACACCGUCUAGAGUCUGUUGAAGAAUAUAAUGAGCUGAUGGUGCGAAAUGGGGACCCCCGGGCCAGGAUGUUGGAGGUCUCCCGAGAUGGCCGAAAGCACUCCCUUCCCCAGCUGCUGGACUCUUCGGGAAUGUCACAGGAAUACCACAUUGUGAAGAAGUCCGCCCGCUCCCUAAGCACCACUCAGGUGGAGUCUCCUUGGAGACUCAUUCGGCCAUCGGUCAUCUCUAUCAUCGGGCUGUACAAAGAAAAAGGCAAGGGCCUUGGCUUUAGCAUUGCUGGAGGUCGAGACUGCAUUCGAGGACAGAUGGGGAUUUUUGUCAAGACCAUUUUCCCAAAUGGAUCAGCUGCAGAGGAUGGAAGACUUAAAGAAGGGGAUGAAAUCCUAGAUGUAAAUGGAAUACCAAUAAAGGGCUUGACGUUCCAAGAAGCCAUUCAUACCUUUAAGCAAAUCCGGAGUGGAUUAUUUGUCUUGACGGUACGCACAAAGUUACUGAGCCCAAGCCUCACACCCUGCUCAACACCCACACACAUGAGCAGAUCCAGCUCCCCAAACUUCAACGCCAGUGGGGGAACCUCAGUGGUAGGCUCAGACGAAAGCAGUUCUUCAUCCCUGGGUCGGAAGGCCCCUGGGCCCAAGGACAGAAUUGUGAUGGAAGUAACCCUCAACAAAGAGCCCAGAGUUGGAUUGGGCAUUGGUGCCUGCUGCCUGGCUCUAGAAAACAGCCCUCCCGGCAUCUACAUUCACAGCCUUGCCCCAGGAUCGGUGGCCAAGAUGGAGAGCAAUCUGAGCCGCGGAGAUCAAAUCUUAGAAGUGAACUCAGUCAACGUUCGCCAUGCUGCUUUAAGCAAAGUCCACGCCAUCUUGAGCAAAUGCCCCCCAGGACCUGUUCGCCUUGUCAUUGGCCGGCACCCUAAUCCAAAGGUUUCCGAGCAGGAAAUGGAUGAAGUGAUAGCACGCAGCACUUAUCAGGAGAGCAAAGAGGCCAAUUCCUCCCCUGGCUUAGGUACUCCCUUGAAGAGUCCCUCGCUUGUAAAAAAGGACUCCCUGAUCUCUGAAUCAGAACUCUCUCAGUACUUUGCCCAAGAUGGCCCAGGCCCCUUGUCAGACUUCGUGGUGGCCGGCUCCGAGGACGAGGAUCACACGGGAAGUGGCUGCAGCACCUCUGAGGACGGCAGCCUGCCGCCCGGCACCUCCACUCACAGAGAAUCAGGAAAAGCCAGGGCCAACAGCCUUGUGUCUCUAGGAAGCCAGCGGGGCUCUGGGAUCUUCCACAAGCAGGUGACAGUUGCCAGACAAGCCAGUCUCCCUGGAAGCCCGCAGAUCCUCCGAAACCCUCUCCUCCGCCAGAGGAGGGUGGGCUGCUAUGAUGCUGACGAUGCCAGCGAUGAGGAAGAGUUUGAUGGCGAAGGGGACUGCAUUUCCCUCCCGGGGACCCUCGCAGGUUCCGGCAGGCUUCUGACAGAGGACAACUCUAGGCGUGUCGUAACAACCUCUACCAAGGUCAUGGGCAUCAACAACCAAGAGGAACAUCCCCAGAAAACACUGGUCAGCAAGGCUUCCUCGGUGCCUCUCCUUGGCAGCUCAUUGGACUUAGAGGAGAGCAUCCCGGGGGGUGUGGGGGUCACUUCUCAUGCGGCCAACCUGCUGGCCUCUGGAGCGGCCCCCAAGGGUGGCCCUGGCUGCUUGGGGAGGAAGGAACUAUCAGGAUCACGGAGUUCGCCCAAAUUGGAGUACAAAUCUGGUCCCCAGAGUCAGGUGAGCGUGGACAGCCCCAGUUCCCCCCAGCAGAAGAUUGAAAGCCUGGGGCCCAGGCACAAACCGGUGGCCAGGGUCAGCCCACACUGCAAGAGACUGGAGGCAGAGGCCAGGCCCGGCGGCUCGGAGGCAGCAAACCGGACUGAUGGAGCUAAUGACCCAUGUCGUCUGGACUCUAAAGUCAAGGCCACGUCAGUCCAAGUGACCGUGACUGGUUUUCGACCAGAUGGACCUGUGGAGAAGGAAUCUCUGAGAAAGCUGACCAGCAGGGAUGGGUCCCACCGAGGUGCUGGCCACCUCACAGAGAACCUGCCCAAAGCUGCACCAGACGAGGAGCAACAACCUGGGACAGGACUGGGCGGCUCCCCAGACCUCAUCCCUUCCCCAGGGCAGAAGCGGGUAGCUUCCCCUGCCCCCAGCAAGACCUCAGCAGACACAGGGCAAUUGAGACGGCCUGAGGACCCCAGAGAGCCAGUGUUAUCCAGGGUCCCCAAGUGUGAGGACAGAUGUCACGUCAGCCUCACCCGGGAGCACAGCACAUCCCCAGGGAAAACUGCAACGGCCGAUCCUGACUUCGGCAAGACUUGCACAGCCCCAGAAGCCAGCUCGUCCGACACCACCAGGAAGGCAGCUGCCCGCCAGGGAACAGGACCUGAGGCACGGGGAGCCUCUCCAGCCGAUGCUGUCCUCUCACGAGACCUACUCAUGUCCCAGGAGGACAGACGGGGAGUUUCAGGUUAUAACCACAGCAAAGUGCUGCAAACAACAGGAAUCCUCGUACCCGAAAACUCGCAGGCGUCUGCUCUGCUCAAGGGAACAGGCUCCGGGUCUGAGAGGGCACAGCAGGCCAGCCCCUCCCUGCUGUCACCCACUGACAAGACCAAAGAGGCGUGCGGCAGUGGCCCAGGACACUGCUGCCCCAGGAAGAGUGGAGGCAGCCCUGUGACCGACAUCGACAGGCUCAUCAAGGAAUCAGAUGCUUGUGAGGCAAGACUUCCGUCGCCUCAGAAAGGGGACCGGGCGAGUCAAGAGGGCAGUUCUCAGGGCCAGCUUCCAGCAGGAGCUAGAGAUGGGCGCUCCCGCCGUGCUGAGCCAGUCCCCGGGAACCAGACCCCCACCCAGAGGAGGGCCUGGGCUGCUGGCCCUCCCACUCACGCACAGUGGACCUCCCAGCCUUCAGUUUUGGAUUCCAUUCAUCCUGACAAACAUUUUACUGUGAACAAAAACUUCCUGAGCAACUACUCUAGAAAUUUUAGCAAUUUUCACGAAGACAGUACGUCCCUGUCAGGCCUGGGGGACAGCACAGAGCCGUCUCUCUCAUCCAUGUACGGCGAUGCUGAGGACUCGUCUUCUGACCCCGAGUCGCUCACUGAGGCCCCUCGAGCUUCCACCAGGGACAACUGGUCACCUCCUCGUUCCCGUGGGUCUUCUCACAAAGAAGAUACGACGGAGUCUGAGGAGGAGCAUGUUGAAAUCUGUUCCACAGGGGGCUCCCCAAACCCACCCCCGACCGCAGCUCAUGCUGCUGCUCAGGCUGCACCCCGCCCUGCUCUCGCCAGGGUUCUGCCAUUAAAGCACAGUGCUCUGAGUGAAGCGACGGGGAGUCCGUGUGAGACAGCGUCCUUCAUGCCCGGAGCCUCGUGCCCUGCAAUCCCAAACUCUUCCCAGCCACCUUCUCUCUUGGAUAUAAGCUCUCAUGGGCAUGAACCUCACGCGGACCUAAAGAUGACACACAACCACAGGCCCUCGUGUGAAGGCGGCCCUGAGGAAGACGGCAGCACUGGCUCAGCUGUGGGAAACAGCCAGCUUUCUAAAGCCACCAGGCAUUUUCACAACUCCCCGAUCACUCUCAGCUCUCCUCACAUGGUAAAUGGUUUGGAAGAUGCCUUGGUGAAUGCUGAAACCCCAAAUGAAAAACAAGCCAAUGUUAACACAACUGAGAAUCGGUCCUCCUAUAGCAUGGCUGUCCCUAAGAACGGGGAACCUGUUUUGGCAAACCUGCACAUCUCCGAAAGUCAUGACCUGGAUGACUUGCUACCGAAACCAAAAAUGAUCUCCAGGAGGCCCAUCAUGGCCUGGUUUAAAGAAAUCAAUAAAAGUAACCAAGGCACGCCUUUGCAGAGCAAAGCUGAAAAGGAACAGUCCACGGUGCCUGCCAGAAGUCCUGACUGUAAGAGUCAGGUGUUGAGCACAAGCCACAAAAAGGGAGUUUCUGUGCCUAAUAGCCCCCCUCAGCUGAAACUGAACCUCGAAAAUAAAGACCCACCUAAAAAAAGUUCAGCGGAAACACUUUUAAGUAACUGUCAGAAACCCAAAUCUGGUCCUAAGCUGAAGAGGUUGGGCAUCAAAAGCAAAAGCAGAGGCAGUUCCGAGGCCCUGGCCAAUAAUACGCCUAAAGCUGGUGGGACAGACCACAGGAAACCCCUCGUUUCACCCCAGACCUCCCACAAAAUGCUCUCCAAGGUAGCAUCACACCGGUUCCACGCAGCUGACCAUGAAGAACCCGACAAAGAUGCCAUGGCCACCACCAAGUCUCCCCAUUGUGUGCUGGACAGUAAGCCACCCCCUGCGGCCUCGGGGUCACUCAGGCCUUCGGCGUCAGACACAAGCAUCAGACCAUUCAUUCCACCCCUGACCUCCCCCAAGAUUCUUCCUGAGCAAGGUACAAGUAAUAGGUUCCACACGGCUGUCCACUCCGAACCCGACAGAAGUUGCCCAGCCACCCCCAGGUCUCCUAAGUGUGGACCAGACAGCAAGGCGCCCUCAGCGGCCUCGGGGACGGGUCCCCCAGCAUUGAGGAGUGGCGCGUCCAUGGCAGUGGACAAGCGGGAGCUCCCACCUCCCAGGCAGGCCCAGCAGCAUGUGGCCAGCCAAGCAGAUUUGGUACCAGAAGCAGCCCAACCCGGGGUGACUGGCAACAAAGGAAGCAAAGCAAUUGUUAAUGAUCCACUAGAAAGAAUAAAUCAGCUGAAAAUAGUUGAAAUUCCUUCUGAAAGAAUGCCAAAGAAUGCAAAGAAUACAAGUGGUAACAAGCCCGUUGAAAAUGACAGACAGGGAGAGUUCUUGGCCCAAAGCAACUGUCAGGAGAAGAGUGAAAUCAGACCCUGUCACCCGUCAGUGGAAUCAUCUCCAAAUCAUCUGCCCUCACUCACGUCCCGGGCCUCCCCAGUGGAGCAGGAAACGCAGCGAUCUUUCAGCGUGGCAAAGCUGGCCUCCUCCUCCUCCUCCCCACAGCUGCUGGAUAGAAAGGCGGAUUCCUCCCCGGGAAAGUCAAGCCAGAUGUCAGACUCCCCAGGGAUGCCCAAGAACAGCACACCAGCGAGCCCAGUGCUGGAUGACCAUCCCUAUUUCACGCCGAGGCCAGCGACCAGGACCUACUCCAUGCCAGCCCAGUUCUCAAGCCAUUUUGGACGGGAGGGACCUUCCCUGCACAGCCCAGGUCGCGCUCAGCGGGACAACCAGAUCCCUUCAACAAGUGGUGGCCUCCUGGAGGCCAAGGCAUCCCGAGGCAGUGCUCUUGGCCUUGUUAAUGGACAGGGUGUGUAUAGUGUAAAGCCCCUGCUGGAGACAGCGAGGAACCUUCCAACAACAGACGAAGGGGAUGUUCUGUCACUGCAGGAAACGAACUGCCUGGUCACAGACAAAAUCAAAGUCACCAGGAGACAUUACUACUCUGAUCAGAACUGGCCCCAUGAAUCUACCUCAUUUUUCUCUGUGAAGCAGAGAAUCAAGUCCUUUGAGAACCUGGCCAAUUCUGACCGACCCAUGGCCAAGUUGGGGGCUUCCCCCUUUUUGUCGGUGAGCUCCAAGCCUCCCAUUGGGAGACGGUCAUCUGGCAGCGUGGCUUCAGGGAGCCUCCUCAUCCACCCUGGUGACCCGACAGCGAGGUCCCUGAGACGCAGCCUGAGUUCCUGCAGCGAAUGCCAAAGUGAAGCCAGCACCCUCAUCCCCCAGAUGACCAAGUCCCCGUCCAGCACGAUGCUGAUGGUCUCCCAGCAGAAUGUGGUGGAGGCCAGUAACAAGGGCCCUGACUCGGACCCAAAGAAAGCACUUGGUCCUUCCGGAAUUCCCGCCCCAACAGUGACCCCAGCCUCUCCUGUCAAGAGGAACAAGUCCUCGGUGCGCCACACACAGCCCUCGCCUUUAUCCCGCUCUAAGCUCCAGGAACUGAGAGCCUUGAGUAUGCCUGACCUUGACAAGCUCUGCAGCGAGGACUUCUCAGCAGGGCAGCCAGCCGUGCUCUUCAAAACUGAGCUGGAGAUCGUCCCCAGGAGGUCGCUUGGCUCCCCUGCUGGAGGUCUCAAUGGGUCCACUGCCCUUUCGUGUCCCGUGAAGGUGGGGGACAGGGUCUGUCCAGGAGGAAGCUGGCCUAAAGCCGGUGAGCCUGGGGCACCCAGUUCAGCUGGUGAUAUGGGUGAAACCCCCCAGGAUCUGCCUUCCAGAAAAAGCUGGUCAGUUAAUUUGGAUCAACUUCUAGUCUCAGCGGGGGACCAGCAAAGAUUACAGUCUGUUUUGUCGUCCGUGGAGUCCAAAUCGACCAUCCUAACUCUCAUUCAGGAAGCGAAAGCACAAUCAGAGAAUAAAGAAGAUGUUUACUUCGUAGUCUUGACUAAAAGAGAAGGCUCAGGUCUGGGAUUCAGUGUGGCAGGAGGGACAGAUGUGGAGCCAAAGUCAAUUGUGGUCCACAGGGUGUUUGCUCAGGGGGCAGCUUCUCAGGAAGGCACUAUGAGCCGAGGGGAUUUCCUUCUGUCAGUCAAUGGUGCCGCACUGGCUGGCUUAACCCAUGGGGACGUCCUGAAGCUUCUGCACCAGGCACAGCAGUACGAAGAUGUCCUCAUGGUCAUCAAGAAAGGAAAUGACCAGCCCAGUCCCUCCACCAGGCAGGAGACGCCCACACCCAACGGGAAGGGCUCGCAGUGCAGAAAGACCACCCCCCUGGAGCCUGGCAUGGGGAGGAGCACAGCUGCACAGGAUGCUCUGUGCGUUGAAGUGCUGAAGACCUCAGCGGGGCUGGGAUUGAGUCUGGAUGGAGGAAAGUCGUCUAUGUCUGGAGAUGGGCCCCUGUUCAUUAAACGAGUGUACAAAGGUGGCGCCGCUGAACAAGCUGGAAUAAUAGAAGCUGGAGAUGAAAUUCUUGCCAUUAAUGGGAAAGCCCUGGUUGGGCUCAUGCACUUCGAUGCUUGGAAUAUUAUGAAAUCUGUCCCAGAAGGACCUGUGCAGUUAGUAAUUAGAAAGCAUAGGAAUUCUUCAUGAAACAAACAGUAGUAGUGACACAUGUUUAAAACAACAGUCUCCUUUUUUUCGGUUCCCUUCUUAUUUUAGCAAAUCAGAAUGACUUCUUUAAAUGGUGGGUUCCUAAAACAACAGAGCACCAUGGUGUAGGCAAGGACUAAAAAUCUCCACGUUUUUACCUGCAUGUGAAGCUGAACUCGGGAAGACUUCCACCUGGAUCACCAGGGCAGGCGGGUUCAAUGAAUCCCUGUGCCUGCCCCUGCCUUUCAUGUUUACUGAUAGUGACACAAGUUGUGGCAUGAAGCUCUUUUUCAUUUGAAACGUUUAGCUAGGCCUUUGCCACCUCGCCAACAUACCCAGUCCUGGCAAUUUAGGGAGCCAACAAGAGUCUGAGAGGCAACACAAGUGUCACAACUAAAAGGACUAUAGUUAAAUGUAAUUUUGUAAGUAACCAAAUGCUUUUAGGGACAUUCAAUGGAAGGAGACACAGGUUAGUGUGUUACCCUGAAAAGAAAAUGAGACUUUAAAAAUAAAUUAAUUACGACCUAAUGGUUAGGCUGAGCUCAGGAAUUAUCCAAAAAUGAAAAGCAAAAUACAGAAAGUAAUAUUUUUUAGUGAGUGUAAUGUGCAAUGUAUGGAUGCAGAGUUCAACUCGGUGGGUUACUGAUCACCAUGGGGUCAUGAUCUAAGAGUGUAAGUCGUAAGGCUGUUUUACAGAAACAUAGUUCCGAUGAACUGUACUAAGUAGCCAGGAACUUCACUGCUUAAAAUGAGCAGGAAGGUCCAGCUGAGAGCACCUUGCAUCUAGUUUGGAACUCGUCUUGAAUAAAUGCUUGGAUUCAAGACUGGUCAACACAAGAGCAGACAAAAAUAUCAGUCACUGGGUUUCCAUUUCUAUAGUGUAUAUACUCCAACCAGUAAUUUAAACUAAAUUUUUAGAAAUCAAGUAUCUUUUUAGUAUCCUUGGAUUUAUAAACAGAGGCGUUAUAUUUACAAUCCAAAGAGAGGAGCUUAAAAUAAUCCUUGUAGAGAACUUUUUGUUGCUGGUUUUCCUCCCCUUAUCCCAACAAGCUUAAAAAAUGUGAACUUUCUAAAUUCUGGGUCACUUUUCCGACCUGGGUGUCAUGCCAUACCUCUGCGGUGACUGAAGUUUUUGCUGUUUUUUGUUUUCCUGUUUUGCAAAUUCUUCCUUCUGCCAAAAACGUUUCCCUGCAGAAGCCCACUGUGACUCACGUUGCUUGUGCAGCUGGUCCUCGCUUGCUGCUCUCCGUUCAUAGCACGAGCUUCGUAGUAGCUGUUCCCGUUCGAUGCGCUGUCCCUCGUCACACCACUGGCUUUUCGCCCCUUGUAGUUCAAGCCCUCAUCAGCUUCAUUUGCCAAAAUGUAAUAAGAAAGAGGAAAAUGGUAAAGGAGAACUAUGUAGUUACAACUCAAAUUCUCGGGUGGCACAAGCUGGCUGAUUGAGUCCGGGGGAAUCCAGGUGAGAUUACAUACCUGAUGAUGCUAAGGUUUUCUGUUGGAGCUUACUUGACAUAACCUACUGCUUGGGUGUGUGGCUUAGAGACAAGAACUCAAGUCAUUAUACCCCCCCCAAUCAUGGAGGCACUAGAGCCGUCACCUUUGUACAUUAUUUUUCUGAGUGAUUAUAAUCCCAGGAAACCUCUGUGGAGUUGGGCCAGAGAGGUCUCUCAGAUGGGAGUGAAAUAUCUGGCUGGUGUGAGCCCAGUUUUCGCAUUGUUUUAACAGGUUAUACAAAAGAAAAUGUAGUACAGGCAUUUAGCUAGAAAGACCUGAUUAAUUUAACUUCUACUUUUCACUACAAUUCCAGGUAGGAUACUAUAGAAAGUCAGUGCAAGGUGCAUGCUAGAUUGUUUUUAAGUCUCUGGGGUCAGUUUUGUGGUUUCUGUUUUCUUGCCUAAAUGACAAGAGACUACUAGAAGUCAACACUGAAAACGAUUUUUUGCCUCCACUCUUCCAGCUGUGCCGACUAAGAAAUGCACAGCCCUAUGUGAACCGACAGGAACUUCCAGAGCCAUGCGGAACAAUGGAGUGGUCUUGUGAGAGAGUCCCUCAUCUUUAUCUGAAGAAUGCGGGGGGGGGGGGGGG